GUCUCGUCGAAAUUGCGGAUUGAUCGAACAACGACAUCGACAAACAGGUUUCCCGACAACACCACAAACCGCAAUCAUGGGUCGUCUUCACAGCAAGGGAAAAGGUAUCAGCGCUUCCGCCGUUCCAUACUCGCGAGCGGUUCCUACCUGGUUCAAGAGCACUCCAGAGACCGUGGUCGACAACAUCUGCAAACUUGCACGAAAGGGUGCUACUCCAUCUCAAAUCGGUGUCAUCCUCCGAGACAGCCAUGGUGUCGCCCAAGUCAAGGUCGUCACUGGUAACAAGAUCCUGAGAAUCCUCAAGUCGAGUGGUCUCGCCCCAGAAAUCCCUGAAGACCUUUACAUGUUGAUCAAGAAGGCCGUCGCCGUCCGAAAGCACCUCGAGCGCAACCGAAAGGACAAGGACUCCAAGUUCCGACUCAUUCUUAUUGAAUCCAGAAUCCACCGCCUCAGCAGAUAUUACAAGACUGUCGGUGUUCUGCAACCUAACUGGAAGUACGAGAGUUCCACUGCCAGCACCAUGGUCGCAUAAGCGUUGCGUCUGGUCUUUUUGAGCGAAUGCGAACUGGUUUUAUUGAGGGGUCCCAGACAUGUUACUACAUGACGUGGCGACCGCAAAGGUCGAGGAAGAGGUUGGGAACGCUGCUGGCACAUUGAGACCCUAUUAUGGACAUUGGCCGCACAUCCAGAAAUCGUCUAGAGCACCAGCAUGAGAUUUGUGUGGUGAAGAACGAAACCCAUUGACAAAAAUCAUAUUUCAAGAUUCGCACAAUAU